CGUAGUAAGAUACUAAAAACUCUCAUCGUCGCCCAAAUUAAUUGCAAGUAAUUUAAAAGUUCUGAGAAAUCUGAUGGGCGAACACUGAAAACAAGUAAACAGACAGACAGGACAGAUUGGUGUUUGGACUUUGGAGGAGAAGAAGAAGAAGCUUGAUAUACUAUUAUUUUGCACUCGCCAUGGAUGAUGAUUUAAAUAAUGAUGCCUUGCUUGCUCGAGUCCAGCAAUUGGAGAACGAGCGUGACGAAUUACGUAAAGAUAUUGAGCAACUGUGUAUGCAAAACAGUGGACCUGGCUAUCUUGCUGUUGCGAAGCGGAUGCAUUUUCAGAGGACUACUGCCUUGGAGCAGGAUAUUGAGAACUUAAGAAAGACGUUAGCUUCUUGCAUGAGAGAGAAUACAAAUCUUCAAGAAGAGCUUUCAGAGGCUUAUCAAAUCAAAAGCCAGCUGGCUGAUCUACAUGGUGCAGAGGUUUUAAAGAACAUGGAAGCAGAGAAGCAAGUGAAAUUUUUUCAAAACUGUGUUGCUGCUGCAUUUGCUGAACGGGAUCAGUCAAUUAUUGAGGCUGAAAAAGCUAAAGAGAAGCUGGACCUCAUGACACAAAAAGUAAACGAUUUGGAGAAGAGGGCUGAAGAGCUUACCCUUAACUUUCUUGAAGAAAAAAGAAAUUCUGCUGCAGUACGUAAUGAUCUAGAAAACCAAGAGAAGCAAAAUGAGAACUUCAAGAAGGUGGUUAAUAAGUUUUAUGAGAUUAGACAUCAUUUAGCACAUGGAAUUAGAGAUAUUAGCUGGGAAGACAAGUGCGAGCGCCUUCUGAAUGACUCAGAAGAAAUGUGGAGUUUUAAUGAUUAUUCCACCUCUAAAUACAUAACUGCUCUGGAAGAAGAAGUCGAGAUCUUGAGGAAAUCUGUUGAUAAUCUUCAAAGCAGACAACGCAUGGGACUGGAAAUUGAGAAUCAUUUGAAGAAAAAAGUUUGUGAUUUGGAAAGAAAAAAGAAUCUUUCCGGAGAAAAGAUAAGGGGGCUAUUGGAGUUGCUACAUCAAUUUUCACAAUUCAGGACAGACGUCAUAAAUUUGCUGAAUGAGGGCUCUUCUUAUCUGAAAGCAAUCAGUGGUUCUGUAGAAGAAACGAUCAAGCGAUUCGAAGUAGACAGAGAACAGAGAUCCAUAUCUACUGAUACAGGAAUGUUGUUACAUAAAAAUGAACCGGUAUAUGUGCAUGUAAAUAAUGAUGCACAAGCACCAUCAGAUUUAAUAACCAAGGCGGAUACUCCUGAUUCGCAAAACAUCACCAGUAAUGUGUCUGGUGAUACAUCUGAAGCUCUUUCUCAGGCUCUACAUGAGAAGGUUGCAACGUUGUUGCUUCUUUCGCAGCAGGAAGAGAGGUAUAUAUUAGAAAGUAAUGUAAAUGCAGCACUUCAGAAUAAACUAGAGGAUCUUCAGAGAAAUUUACUGCAGGUGACGAAUGAAAAGGUCAAUGCUCUUAUGGAGUUGGCGCAAUUAAAGCAGGAUUACUACCUACUGCAGGAGUAUGAUAUCUUCUACGGGAAAGUCAUUCAGGAGAUAAAACAGGGGAAUCCUUUGCCUGGUACUGGAGAAAAACGAAUUGUUCAGGACAGAGAUGGAAAGUUAAAAAAUAUAUUAAAGAAAACAUAUUUUAGAAAGUGGAUUGAUCCGCAAGAUGCUAGUGGAAUUGAAGCGGUAACUGAUUUAUAUAAAGAAGGAACUACCAGGGAAAAAGUCUCCAAUCUUAGCAUGGAUUCGGCAAGGAUGAAGGUUGAAAAUGCUGCCCUUAGGGAGAGUUUGGAAAGUAUGCACCAUCUGACUCUUUCUGUUCAUAGGCUUCGUCUCUCUCUCUUGAAGGUAAGAGAAUCAAUUUUAUCCAUGGGGGCAGUCACCAGCUGUAUAGAAACUCUCAACAACAUUAUUUACGAGGCAAAACUAGUAAAAACUGCUCUUGGCAGCUCUCUUCCUGUCAGUUGGUCGGCCGAGACAGUAAUAUUAUCCGUCGAGCAUUCUGACAAAGCAUUAACAGAUGUUCAAGAGAACUCCAGCGCUGAAAAGGUAGAUUGCGUCUCAGCUGCAGGAGUAGAAAUGGUCGAACUCCUGAUUUUGGCAUCUCAGAUACUGCUGGAUGAUAUAACUAAUAGAGACUAAGUGACUGUAUUCAUUUAUUUGCAUUCAGUGUGUUUUACUGUACAGAGUGGAGAGAGUUGGGUUCAUAAGAUAGCUUGUACCUUGUACCACAAAGUACUGUUUGCUGUUGUGUUAAUAUUAUAGUUCUCAACCAGGAUGAUGUAUACAAACGAAGAUAGCGGGGGUAAAACUGUACAUUCAAAUCAGUUAGCUGCUCAAAUUUAUAGGACUUAAUCACA